GUCGAGGAGCGCUCCGGCGGGAAGGCGCGCGGCGGUAAACUAGCGCGUCGUGCGCGCUCCUUCAAGGAGGACUUCCUGGAGAAGCUCUCUCAUAUGCGGUCGCCUGGUAGCGGAAGCGGCGGCGGAGGCAGUGGAGCGGCCACAAGGGCUGCCUCGCCCUCCUCGCCGCGGACACCACGUGACAAAAGCGCGCCCGGCUGCACCGAUGCCGCAGCAUCGACAACCCUCGACAAAAAUCCCCUCCGUGACCUGCACAUCCACGUGCGACAGGUGCAGCUGGCACUGCUCCACUUCAGAGACGUCGUGUCGAAGAAGAAGCUCGAGAUGCUGCCCGGCAACGGCACCAUCGUCCUCGAUACUGUCACCACUAUACACACUGUGCUCAAAUCCUAUCUCCUCUACGAGAACAGCUCCACUUUGGGAUCAGCGACGAAUCAAGUGUAUCAAGCCCUAGCACAAUUACUCAAACUCUGCGACGACGUGCUGCUACACGGUGAUCAGUCUUCUGCGCUGGACACCGAGAACGUGACACACAUCAUAGGAUUAGUCGAAGAAGCUGUGAAAAACUUGGUUGCCCUGGCGAAUGAGAAGAUCGCCAACAGACAGAAACCUGCCGCCACCGUUACGAAUAGUAAUAGAACGUCCGGUUAUGGAUCGGAAUUGACGCCACAAAGAAAUUCUUUACCUGAUAUCCCGUUAACCCCGAGGGAAAGGCAGAUUUUAGAGCAGACCGCUGCGACUACUAGCUUGGUCCGUAGCUCGCAUAGUUCAGAGUCGAUUUUAAGGGAUUCUAGUCCUCCCCCGAAACCGCCGCUCCCCGAGAGAACUAAUGUGUGUCUGUCGGAAGAAAAUAGUUCAUCCGGUACACCGCCGCCAUUGCCACCGAAACGGAGAACAAGAGCUCAACAGUUGCUCGAUGAAUCUGAAGGUCUUUUAGCAUCUAGUCUCGACGGUGUUUCCCUACGAAGUCGAUCUCCAGAGGAUUCGUCGUCUUUUCUAAGCGCGUCGGCUGGUAGUUUGGAUUCAGCCCUGAACCAUUCUCGUGACGAGGACGAGAUACGGGCGAUCAUGGGACCAAACGACGAGUCUCUGAACGACAGUAUGGAUCUCAGUCUGAUGGCUACUAUCCAGGGCAUGCAAGUUAACGAUAGUUCAAACUGUAGUUGUUGGGACGGUUCUGAAACAAACAUACCAAGUACCAUGUUAUUGGGUCAACAAACUCCCCAAGAAAUGCUUAAUCCAUUUACCGGUAUAGAAGGAAAAAUGGAAAGGUUAUCAACUCAAACGCAGGAAUCUGGUUUCGUAUCAAUGCAUUCACAACGAAGUUCAUCUCAAAGUUAUACUACCUCUAGUAUGACGUCCAAAAGAUCUUCCCAGCAAAGUAGUAUUAGUUAUAAUUCCCAGACGUUCAACUCGCAACAAUCGUUCUCCCAAACGAAAUUGUCUUCAGAUAGUAACGGGUCUAUUUUUACUCAGAAAACAAUGACUAGUUCGAAAAGUACUGUUAGCGCAUCAAAUAUGUCCGGAACUGGAGAUUCUGCGGCAUCAGAAAAAUUGGAAGUGGAAUCGAUUUCCUCAUCGGACGCUAAUGGUGUGCCGCCAGCUUUGCCAGAAAAACGGUCGAAACGAAGAAAAGAACGUCAGCCAUCGCAGUACGACAAUGUACCUGAAAAUGAGCAUUUAUCAACCUGUAGUUUACAUACUAAUAAUGGCGAUAGUUCAGAUGCUAGUAAACCUCCUCCACUCCCUCUCAAGAAAAGGCACAUCAUGGCGUACAUGGAGAUGUUUGGAAAUUGUUCUCACAGUAACAAUGACUUCAUCUCUGGUCUUGGAACCCGUCAUUCAAUGGCAGCUUAUAAUUCAAUGCAAGCGGAAUGGCAACAACACGAAAUGGCUCUUACUACGACACAAUCAUGUUCUUUUAUGGCGCAUACUAUAACCACGUUACACGAUAGUUCAAAUACCUUCAUAACGAUGACACCAUCGGUAACAGAAGUAGCAAAUAAUUCUAGUCUCCCACCCGCAUUGCCACCAAAGAGAUCCCGUUCCGUUAAAUCAAAUGUCACACCCCCGCCAAUCUCGCCAAAACCAACCAGCAGCAUGCAAAGCAUUCAUACAAUCGACCCGAUUGUAACAUCAACUCCAGUGAAAGUAGAGGAAUCUAGUUGCAUUCAUGAUAAAAGAGAGUUGACACCUUCAACCCCAGUGAAAUUGAAUAACGUUGCUUUAGACACCAUAUUACCAUCCUCAAGACCUGCUAGUAAUGCUUUAUCAUCGAUUUCUAUCGAUGACAAUACCCUGGACUUAAGAGAUGUCGAUCAAGACGAUAGCAUUUUGGAUGAACUGGAUAUUAGCAAGUAUUUAGUUUUCAAGAAAUCGGACGAGGAAGGACCUGAUAUAAGAGGCGGUCAUCCCGAUGCACUGUUAAUUCAUGCAACCAAAGCUAAUAAACAUGACUUUUUGUAUCAAGAAGCGUUCUUAACAACAUAUAGAACGUUCAUGCAACCAUUGGAAUUAAUACAAAAAUUGCAUAAACGUCAUCAACGAUUCUCUUGUUCUGCCGACGUUAUUAAACAAAGAGCAGCCCGUGAAGCGUUUUCCUUGUUAGUUAGAGUUGUUAGCGACUUAACCAUGUCAGAUCUCGAUGAUACUCUUUUGCAAACCCUAAUGGAAUUCGUACAGCAAUUAGUAUGUAGUGGUGAUCUUACUAUGGCGAAAGCUUUGCGUGUUAAAAUUUUAGAGAAACACGCCGCGAAACAGUUACAAUCUACACAACCAAUUCUUUCAUCAUUGAGUGUGACAACAAAGCAAGCUUCCCUUCUCGAUUUCAAGAGUGAACAAAUUGCAGAACAAAUGACGUUGUUGGAUGCUGAUUUGUUCAUGAAAAUUGAGAUUCCGGAAGUGCUGAUCUGGGCUCAAGAACAGAACGAAGAACGAAGCCCAAAUUUAACUAGGUUCACGGAACACUUCAAUAAGAUGUCGUACUGGGCUAGAUCGAGAAUACUGGAACACAGAUUAGAGAAUGAAGCGAAGGACAGGGAAAAAUAUGUUGUUAAAUUUAUUAAAAUAAUGAAGCACCUUAGAAAAAUCAAUAAUUUUAACAGUUACUUAGCCCUGCUUUCUGCGUUAGAUAGCGCGCCUAUUAGAAGGCUUGAAUGGCAAAAACAUAUUACGGAAGGUUUAAAAGAAUAUUGUGCUCUUAUUGAUAGUUCUAGUAGUUUCAGAGCUUACAGACAAGCUUUGGCAGAAACACAACCGCCAUGUAUUCCGUACAUCGGACUUGUGUUACAAGAUCUUACAUUCGUGCAUAUUGGAAAUAGUGAUCUGUUACCGGAUGGUACCAUAAAUUUUUCAAAAAGAUGGCAACAAUUUAAUAUUGUUGAAAAUAUGAAGAGGUUCAAAAAGGGGACAUAUUCGUUUAAAAAACACGAACGUAUAAUAACGUUCUUCAAUAAUUUCAGUGAUUUCCUCUGUGAGGAGGCAAUGUGGCAGAUUUCAGAGAGUAUUAAGCCGCGCGGUGGGAAAAAAACACAGCUACAGAAC